GUCUUUUAUUGAUGGAGACGAUGCAGUGGCGUCAUUGAUCAACCUUGGAUUGGUCAAAUCCGUUCACUUCGGAAACGGCAAAAGGUUGUCAAGGAGUCGCAGGGAGUUGUGUCACUAUAUUGCAUCGUAGUUUUGUGCUCCCGCAUCCUUUCUAUGGAUUCUGCAUUCCCCAUAGCCGAAGCGACGGACAAAUAUGGCCGCCUGACAAAACAUUCCAAGUAGCAGCGAUUAACGACAUCGUAUCGCUUUCGCUCGGACAUGUUGCGCGGUGGCCGAGAGACAACGUCAUCUUGACCGAAGAUUUCUUUUCUCGAGUGACGUAUCGGCAUUGGCAUCGUAGAACCGGAGGGAACCCGCGUUUUGGCCGCUUGGUCUCGCAGCUCGAUUAGCCAGUUUGUGAAGAAUAAUAGAUAGGUGCGUGGUGAUCGCGAGGGCAGAUUGUUUCGAUCGCAGUGCUGGCGAUCAGCGUAUUGCGUGAUCACGAACCGAUCACGAAUUGAUCACGAGCCGAUUUGCGACGCGACCGAGCGACACGGGAACGGAAAUUGAUCGUAUGAAAUCAUGACAAUUCUAUCGAAGAAGAAGACGAAUGCGCCGAAGGACAGGACGCGCGAGGGUGGUGCUGGUCCCGAGGUCGACGUUCAUCACGGCGUAGUGCAGAACGAGCACAAUUCCGGUAGCAUCGCGCUGCCGAACAGCCCUUAUCAGGUACGCAGCGCUAACGGAUUCGCUGUCGACCUCCACGGUGUUCAAUCCGAUCAUGGAUCUGGCUCUAUAGUGCUGACUGGCAACUCCUACGAGGCAAAUGUAGAUCGCCGCGAGGAAAAACAUUUCGAAGAUGGGAGUGGUCCAAGUCACGGUAAACGUCAUCGACAGAGGGCCAGUCCUCACAGUAGCUAUAUUGGUAGAUCUUCACGAGCAAAACGUGAGCGAGAAAGGGACAGGGGCAGGGAAAGAGAGAGAGAAAGAGAACGCGAAAGGCAGGCCACUCCUCCGGCUGCUUCUUGCAACGGUUCACAAGGCACAGACACUAGUGUUAAUGGAAGAGUUGGCAUUGUUAAUAAUGCCUCAAACUUGGAACACGAACUGGCAAAUGGCUACAAUAGUGGAGACGAAUAUACCGGACGUAAUGAAAAUAACCUCACAUUGGCCGAAUGGCAGGAAAGGGACAGAUGGUUCGAGAAGCGCUUACGGAAAAAGGGUCUUCAAAUAAAAAAGAUGGCAGAGGACGGAGCUUGCCUGUUUCGAGCAGUAGCGGAUCAAGUUUAUGGAGAUCAAGAGAUGCACGGACUCGUGCGAAAGCUCUGUAUGGAUUAUAUUGCUUCCAAUCAGGAGUUCUUCUCGCAUUUUGUAGCGGAAGAUUUUAGCACUUAUGUGGACCGGAAGAGGCAAGAAUAUGUUCACGGCAAUCAUAUUGAAAUGCACGCUAUGUCAGAAAUGUAUAAUCGUAGCAUUCAAUUGUACUGUUACAGUACCGAACCUAUCAAUACCUUCCAUACCAUGGUGGAGAGUGAUAACGAGCCGAUUAGACUAUCGUAUCAUCGCGGUAGUCAUUACAACAGCAUAGUCGAUCCUUACAAAGCCACUAUAGGUGUCGGACUUGGUUUACCGUCGUACAAUCCAGGUUCCGCCGAUCGCGCCCUGAUAUCAGACGCGGUUCGCCAGAGCGAGGAGUUGCACAUUGAACAGACAAUGCUGGAGGAUAAGAUUAAAGCUACCGACUGGGAGGCGACUAACGAAGCUAUCGAGGAACAAGUGGCCCGGGAAAGUUAUCUGCAAUGGUUACGUGACAACGAGAUGCGCAAAGCACGAUCAGCCAGUAGUAGCAGUACGAGCACAGUUACGAGCGCGCAACAUAAUCAUUCACACUUUCAUUCGCAUGGAGGUCGUGGACAGCAGCGUAGCCAUACUUCUUCUCCGACCACGACACAAACUAGCCAAGAUAAUUUACGUAAUUCUCCAAAGGUCAGCGACGCGGUGCGGUACAGCAAGAGAUCGCCGCAGCACCAGUCGGCUCAAGGCGCCCAUCUGUCGUCGGAUUUCGAGGUGAAGAUGAUGCCGCAAGAGCCUGUGCCGGGGAGCAGCAAGGAGGCCCAUGCGUCACCCGAUAUUUCAUUGUUCAAUCGCCUUCCGCCUGAAGUAUUUGGUCUGACGGAUUGGGAAGAUAGCCAUAUACUUUCACAAGUGUUGGCGACGUCGCAGCAAGAGUACUUGGAUAGCCUGAAGCAGUCACGCGUGUCGGUGUCCGGAAGCGAUAGCGCCAAUACGAUAGAGUCUAGUAAUAAUUCUAUUAAUAAUUCUUGAAAUGCGGUCGGCAACGGCAAAGUUCAAAAAAUAUCAGAGUAAAGAUAUAUAUACAUUUAUAUAUUGCAGUAUCAUCUAAUCCCGUAUUGUGCUAGGGCAUAAGGUGAUUUUGCUUUCUCAUUUGCGAGUAAAUGUUUAAAUAAUUAUCAUUUGUUUUUUUUUUCUUUUUCUCUCUCUCUCUGUCUCUUUCUCAACAACACACAUCCGUACAUAGGUAUGCGACUUUCCAAGAAUGUGUACGUCAUAGUCGUUAGGCGCUUUGUUAACACUAAUAAAAUAGCUGCCUUCUUCUUUUUCGUUGUGGGUAUCUUUGUGUUGUCACAGAAUGUUGUCAAUAAUUUGCAUCAUUCCGAAAUUGUUAUUGUUGAAAGGAAAAUUUCUUAGUUUUUAUAGUUAUAAUAACCGUUAUCGCAAUCUCUAUAUUACACUCCUCUGUUUUUAGAAUCCGACAUUUAUCAUAGAAUAAGUGUCGUUGCAGCAUGCAAUCUGUUUAGGCAGAAUAUAUAUUGUUUGAUAAUCGUGAUGUUUUUCCUUGAUAUAAUAUAGGUCAAAACGCUUUAGAAAAAUCUGCAUUGCAUUAUUUGUAAAAAAAAGAGCAAAUAAAAAAAAGUGUCAUCUAA